AGGGCUUCAACAAAUGUAACACGUGGGGAACAACCUAAAAAGUUUUAAUUUACUGACGCAUGCUGCGUGUGUUGCGCUUUCUAGAACAAUAUCCAGCAAGGACGUGCUAACGCAAGGAUUUUAUUUCUCGAGCUUGAGAGACCCAGACUGCCGAAAGAUGCACCGGAUCGCCCUUUUAACGUGUCUGCUCACUGUAUCACUGAUGAAUCAAGUGAGUGGUUUGGGAACUGUCAUGGGCAAGUAUGGAGACACCAUUGAAAUCCCAUGCAACAACGGCCGUGUCGUGGAAGCAGAAGUCACAUUUGUUAAAUGGAAAUAUGACAAAGAUGGCAACAUACUGGUGAAAAAUCAGGAUCAGAAUACCACAGUUUUCAGCGAUGUGAACUACAAGAACAGAGUCAGCAUUAAACAAGAUUUCAGCCUCGUCAUCACACAAGUGGCCAUGACCGAUCAGAGAACCUUCACCUGCAUGGUGGUGUUGAGAGAAGACAUUUUAGAGUAUCCUGUUCAACUGGCCGUUUACAAUGUUCCCUCAGAACCUCAGAUUACAAACCUGACGACUGUGAUGGAAAUCGGCAAACCAACUACGUUGGCGCAGUGUCGUUCUGAAGGUGCCAAUCCAGCUGCCAACAUCACAUGGUUCAGGAAUAAAACACCUCUUAUGACUGAUGGAGCAGCCAUUAAAAUCACCACAAAUGUGGAUGUUGAUAAAGCGACAGGACUGUCCACGACAACUUCUACCCUGGAGUAUACAGCAGUGAAGGGAGACAUUGAUGCCAAGUUCACCUGUCAGGUUCAACACAUCAAGUCUGCUAACAUGGAUUCCUCACCUCUUGUCUUCACUGUGAACUACCCUACCGAGAAGGUCAAUCUCCAAGUGGUGUCCCAGGGUCCUUUUAAGGAAGGAGACAACGUGACCCUCAAAUGCACAGCAGACGGAAACCCUCCACCUUCUAGCUACAACUUCUACAUUAAAGGAGAGAAAAAGACUGUGGACUCCAACACAUACACCUUGACCAGCGUCACUCGGGAGAACACUGGAGAAUACCAAUGCUCACUAGUGGACCAUGAGGAUAUUGUGGCUUCUGUACCCAUCACAGUUGAAUAUCUUGAUGUGGUCUUUAGCAGCACUGGUAAAAUUGUUAAGAAACUUGGUGAGAGCCUUGAGAUGAAUGUAGAUGUUAAAGCUUCAGGAGCACCACAAACUUCUUGGAAGAAGGGCAAUGCCAAGCUGAAUAGUCAGCCCAAGUUUGACAAACUGAUGUACUCGGACUCUGGCGUAUAUGAGUGUGUUGUUUCCAUGGCUGGCCUCAAGAAAACACAUACAUUUGAAUUGGUAGUUGAAGGUUCACCAGUCAUUAAGAACCUGAUCAAGGAGCGUGGUGAGGGCAUGACCAAGGUCCUGAAAUGUGUGGCUGAAGGCUUUCCAAAACCCACAGUACAGUGGAGUGUCAAUGGCUCAAAUGCUGAGAGUGUUUCUGAGCAUGGCAAAGUCACAUACAGCCUCACUAUCGUUCCAAAUGGCAAUCUUUCUGUGUCCUGCACAGUCUCUAAUGUCUUGGGCUUUGACAUUAAGAGCAUUAAUGUGUCCGCACUUGUUGAUGAUGACGUGACAAUGGACAAACAAGCAGAUCAGAAAGAUGAGAAAAGUGACCAGACGAUACUGGCUGUUGGCAUAGUUUUUGGUCUGAUGCUGGCGGUUCUCGCGAUAGGACUGGCCUACUGGCUGUAUAUGAAGAAAUUCAGGCAAGGAUCCUGGAAAACUGGAGAAAAGGAAGAUGGAUCUACAGAAGAGAGUAAGAAGCUGGAGGAGAAUCAAAGCCAAAAAGCUGACGUGUAAAGUCACAGGAGCCAAUCAGGGAUGCAAUUGAAUGCAAUCCCUUUUUCCACAAGAGAAGGAGUGAAAAAUUGGGGAAAUCUGU